AUGAAAGUCCGCCGCCACGUUCUCCCUCUAGCCACCGUCGUCGGCCAUCGUCUAAGGCCCCUCUCGACUCCACCAGCCUUCUCAAUUCCAAUUCCCCAUCUUCUGAAACCAAGCCCCCCGCAGCCACCUACGCUGCCCCCUCAAAGCCCUACCUCCGCCUCACCGGAAUUCAUUCACAUUUCUAAGAUUCUUUCCAACCCGUCCCUGCGACCCGGCUCGGAACUCGAAGAGGCUUUAGCUGCUUCACUUAUAAAUCCUAGCCCCAAUAUUUUGCUCGAGAUUUUUCACCAUUUUAAUUCCACUCCAAAACCCUUGUUCACGCUUUUCAAUUGGGCCCGUAAUCGGCCCGAUUACCAAUUCUCCAUUGCGGUCUUCAAUGCCGUGGUUAAUUCUUUAGCGAGAGCUCGACGGUUCGACUCAGCUUGGACCCUAAUCCUCGGUCAAAUCAAUGGAGACCCGAACAAGAGGCCCGAUCUCGACACGUUUCGUAUCAUGGUCAGGAGAUAUACGCGUGCAGGUCUCACUUCAGCAGCCAUUCGAACAUUUGUAUACGCGUGUAAUCUUGAGCUCUUUCGAGAUUUAUCAGCCGCGGAAAAUAAUUUACUCCAGACCCUAUUAGACUCUUUAUGCAAAGAAGGGAACGUUCGGGUAGCCGCACGCUAUUGUGAAAAGUACAAGGCGACAAGAAAUCCAAACUGGUCACCAUCUAUUGAAAUAUACAACAUACUACUAAAUGGAUGGUUCAGAUCAAGAAAACUUAAAAAUGCCGAGCGUCUGUGGAAGCAGAUGAAAGUCGAAAAAGUAAAACCAACAGUGGUAACAUACGGAACCUUAGUUGAAGGCUUGUGUCAAGCGGGCCGUGUUGACAUGGCAAUGGAGUUAUUGAAUGAAAUGAAAACAGAAGGAGUUAAACCGAAUGCGAUUGUGUACAAUUCAAUAAUCGACGCAUUAGGAGAAGCUGGGAGGUUCAAAGAGGCUCUUGGAAUGCUAGAGAGAUUCUCGAUUCUGGAAGUUGGCCCCACCAUAUCCACUUAUAAUUCUCUGGUGAAGGGUUUCUGCAGAUGGGGGGAUAUGGCGGGGGCCAGCCAGGUGGUUAAAAUGAUGAUUGGCGACAAGUUCUUGCCGAGCGCCACAACUUAUAGCUACUUCUUCAAGCACUUUGCAAGAUUCGGGAAAACUGAAGAGGGCCUGAAUUUAUACAGUAAAUUGAUCAAAUCUGGUUAUGAGCUCGAUCGGCUCACGUACCAUCUUCUAAUAAAAAUGCUGUGCGAAGAAGGGAAAUUGGACUUAACAGCAUGGAUUAUAAAGGAGAUGCGGGCCCACGGGCUUGACUUGGAUUUAGCCACAAGUACCAUGUUGAUCCACUUAUUGUGGAAAAUGCAUAGAUAUGAUGAGGCCGUUUUUGAGUUUGAGGACAUGUUCCGCAGGGGGAUUGUUCCCCAGCAUCUGACAUACGUGAGAAUGUGCAAAGAUUUAGAGAGACUCGGAAUGAUGCAGAUAGCGAAAAAGAUCCGUAAUCUGAUGGACUCGGUCCCACACUCGACAAAGGUGCCUAAGACAUAUCGGGAUUCAGGAGUUGAUUCGCGUGAAAGGAAAAUGAGUAUAAUGAAGAGAGCCGAGCGCAUGUCCGAUGCUUUGAAGAUGUGUAAAAGCCCGAGGGAACUUGUCAGCCAUGGUUAUGUGCCCGGCAGUGAUGUUUCAUGUGCACAGAAGUUGACGGAUAAAAUACAGAGAAAAUUGCAAACUUGA